AUGCCACAAUCAACCGCAUCUCCAGGGGCCAAGCCUCUGAUCUGUCGUGUAUGUGACAAGGGAUUCUCCAAAGCUGAGCAUUUAAGGAGACAUGAACGUUGCCAUACUGGAUCAAAACCUUUCGUUUGCAAAGAAUGUCGUCGCCCAUUUGCACGCCAAGAUGCGCUGACCCGCCAUGAGAAACUGCAUACCCGCGCCGCUGUCACCAAACAAGCUCAAGCUCAAGCACAGCAACCCCUGCAGGCACCCCAAGUUACUUCCUUGGAUGCCCUUCCUUGGGAGCCUCCCAGGGCCCCAGCAGACGGCGUAGUGUCAGCACCAGGUCAAGCAUGGGACACAUCAGAUGCGCACGAGGAAUCGGGCCUGCAGGGUAUGGCUUCGGACCUUGAUUUUGCCCUAAUAUGGCCCGACUCGGAGAAUUUGUUCCAGAGCAUCAUGUCAUCAGACACCUCAGAUCAAUGGCAGAUACCUCUUGGAUCCCUUCCGAUACCCCCCGUAGUCCAAGAUGUCAGCGGUGUUAGUUUUGGCUCCCCCAACUCCUUCGAUGAUAGGGCCUCAUCGAUAGGUACUAUCCCCUCGGGCGGCAGCCAUCAGGCGGUGCGCGAUGUUUCUGAUAUGGUGACAAGCUCGUCUUCCAGCGUGACUGCUGCGAUUAAGGCGACCUCCGUUACAUCUGUAUUUCUGGAUGAGUGCCUGCACAUGUUCUUCGUCCGGUUCAUUCCUACGUUUCCGAUCCUUCACCGGGCCACUUUUGUUUUCCGGGAUUGCACCCAUGCGCUGCUUUUGAACGCCAUGGCUCUGGGGUCUCUGUAUCUCGGCCCUAAGGACUCCGUUGCAAAGGGUGAAGCAUUAUGGCGGUUAGCACAUACAGCUGUCUCUACUUCGUGGCAAUCUUUGAUUACACAUCGUGGACCAUAUGAUGCCUGCAAUGGCGUGCAACUUCUUCUAACUGCACUGUUGGGGCAGAUAUACGGGGCUCUAUCCAAGAGCCGUGCUAUUCGCACAACUAGUCAAGUUUUCCGGCCUCUUGGCUUUUUUUGGGCUCGACAUUGCGGUAUGCUAGAUAGUGAAGCCUUCUCUAUGGAGGAGAUCCCUUUUCCUAGCUCACCCAGCUCCGAAAAAGAUCACAAAUGGCGAACAUGGGCUGCUCGGGAGAUCCAGCAACGUGCCCUGCUCGCAUACUAUGUUCUUGAUGGGCUAGUUGCACAGAUGUCCGGCGACGGAGCGUCCACUCGUCACGUCGCUAACCCCCUUACUCUACCCAGCAGUGAGGCGGCUUUUGAUGCCAACAGUGCCGACGAGUGGUUAACCCACAUGCGCACCCAGAAAACAGAACAGCCCUCCUUCCGACUCAUAUUCCGCUCCCUCUUCCCACCCAGCAGCAGCUUUAGACCUCUUGAUUACCAACUAUCUGCCUUCUCCCUCCGAGUGAUCCUCGAAGGCCUACAAUCCCUCAUCUCCGAUUCAGACGAAUACGAUCUCGCCGCCGUAGGCGUACCAGGCCGCUCAGACGUCCGACGAGCACUCGCCCAAGUCCACGAAACAAUCACAAUGAGCAUCCACCUCUCCGCUUCGGAACGCCUCGAAGUCCUCCUCCGCUGGCACACCCUAUGCCUCGACACAAUGAUCAACUCCACCGUCCUCUGUCGCCACGUCUGCUCCCGGUACGACAUCCCGCAGCAAGUAUCCGGCGGCUCGCGAACCCUCCGCACAAGCUUCGACAUGCUCAACUGGGUCAAUACCGAAGACGCCCGCCGCGCCUUACUCCACGCCAUCGCAAUCCAAGACAUAAUCGAACAACUGCCCCGAGGCCGCGCACACGUCAUCCACAUGCCCAGCUCGCUCUUCGCCGCGGCAACAGUCUACGUUGUAUUCGCCCUCACCGGUAUAGCCAACAUCCAUCUCCCGCGUACAAUCGUCUGGCAGGACGCGUUGCUCUCGCACGCAGACCUGAAUCUAGGCUGCGAGAAUGCGCGGCCGUCUACGGGUUCUGAAACCAGUCGGUUCGUUACAGAGGGGAAGACGGAUUCUCCUCCUGGUGUUGCGGCUGUUCGGAAUCUGCUGUAUGAGAUGAACUCGAUGCAGAAGUUGUUCCGGUGCUUGAUUUCGCAGUGGGGGAUUGCGCAUGAUAUGGAGGAGAUUGUCAACCAGUGGAUUAUUUUGUGUCAUUAG